AUGGGGCUCCGGUCCAGGACAAACGGCGGCUCUGAGGAGAAAAAGAAGCCGAAAAGCGACGCUCCUCCCGGGGAUACUUUGGACCGGGAUGGGCUCCUGGUGGCCGGUUCUUCUACCGGAAAGGAGCGGGGAUUUCAGCCGGGAAUCGGUGUCGGACUGCUGGCUAAAACCCCGCUGAACUACAGCCGGCCGGCCAAGAGGACUAACAUCCGGAGGAGGAAGAUCCAGACCCUGCUGUACGCCGCGCUGGAGAGGCCGAGAGGCUGGGCGCUGCUCUACCACGCCUUCGUGUUUCUGAUAGUUCUGGGAUGUUUGAUUCUGGCCAUCCUGACGACCUUCAAGGAGCACGAGAAGGUUUCUGCGCACAUGCUAGUUAUAGUGGAAACGUUUGCUAUCUUCAUCUUCGGAGCAGAGUUCGGUCUGAGGGUCUGGGCCGCAGGAUGCUGCUGUCGGUACAAAGGAUGGAGGGGGCGGCUGAAGUUUGCUCGAAAACCGCUCUGCAUUCUGGACAUCUUCGUGCUGAUCGCCUCGGUGCCCGUGGUGGCGGUGAGGAAUCAGGGGAACGUUUUGGCCACGUCUCUGCGCAGCCUUCGCUUCCUGCAGAUCCUCCGGAUGCUGCGUAUGGACCGGAGGGGGGGCACCUGGAAACUGCUGGGGUCCGCCAUCUACGCCCACAGCAAGGAGCUGAUCACGGCGUGGUACAUCGGCUUCCUGUCUCUGAUCCUCGCCUCCUUCCUGGUGUACCUGGUGGAGAAGGACGAUGUCUCCAUGGAGGUUUCUGACCCCGACAACCCCACCGCGCAGCCCAAAGCGCAGGACUUCGACACGUACGCCGACGCCCUCUGGUGGGGACUGAUCACGCUGACCACCAUUGGUUACGGGGAUAAAACCCCGAAGACGUGGGCGGGCCGAUUGUUGGCGGGAACCUUCGCUCUGAUCGGAGUUUCCUUCUUCGCUCUGCCUGCAGGCAUCCUGGGGUCAGGUCUGGCUCUGAAGGUGCAGGAGCAGCACAGGCAGAAACACUUUGAGAAGAGACGACAACCGGCCGCCGGGCUCAUCCAGUCUGCCUGGCGAUACUAUUCCACCAAUCCAAUCAGGGACGACCUUAUUGCCACGUGGAGAUUCUACGAAACGAUUAUCUCUCUCCCCUGUUUCAGGCAAGAUCACUUGGAGGGCAUAGCCAGCCAAAAAAUGAGUUUACUUGAGCGUGUUCGCCUUCCCAGCGGUCGGCAAUCGAUCGGGUCGGGGAAGAGGCUCAUGGGUCCGGCCGACUCCAUCGAGGAAAGUCCGUCCAAGGAGCCCAAACCCGCCGGCUUCAGUAACAGAGAACGCUUUCGCACCGCCUUCCGCAUGAAGGCCUACACGAUGCGUCAGGGCUCUGAAGAUUCUGGAGCCCUGGCAGAUUCAGCCUUAGAGGAGCGAGGCUUCCCUCCAGAUAUCCUCAUGGAGGAAAUGAUCCCAACACUGAAACUGGUCAUCAGAGCAGUCAGGAUCAUGCAAUUCCUCUUGAACAAGAAGCGGUUUAAGGAAACUCUGAGGCCUUACGACGUCAAAGACGUGAUCGAGCAGUACUCUGCUGGACACCUGGACAUGCUCUGUAGAAUUAAAUACCUCCAGACAAGGAUCGACAUGAUUCUUGCCCCUGGAGUCCCCCUCACUCCAAAAACUAAGAAAACUCCGAAAACGCCCUCUACCUACCCGUCCAAUCAGUCACCCAGGCAUGAGGCCGACAUUGCCAAAGCCGUGUCCUUGCCAGAUGCCGAAGACCAAAGCAUGAUGGGUAGAUUUGUCAGGGUGGAGAGACAGGUGGAGGACAUGGAGAAGAAGUUGGACUUCCUGGUGGACAUGCACAUCCAGCACACUGAGCACCUGCAGGUUGACUCCGCCGGCGCCGCCCACAUGACCCUGGAGACCUGCGCUCCUGCCGCAAACGGUGAAAUCCGGCGGGUUUUCCUCAACUACGCCGAGGCGUUCCCGCACAUGGCGUACCAGAUCCCUGACACCAAGGGGAAUCCGUGUUACGGUCGAGGAAGAGGAGGCGGAGAGGGGACGGGGGUAACCGUUAUUAGCCGUUUACCUCCUGAGCAUCAACACCUCCACCAACGCGACCUUCCAGCCGCCAUCCCUACUUACGUUGAGCGUCCCACGGUGUUGCCCAUCAGCUCUCUGCAGGAUUUAUCUGCAGUUCCAGGAAGGACCACAGGGGGGCAGGGGGGUGAUUCGCCGCUAUCCAUGCUAUCCGUGAACCACGAGGAGCUGGAGCGGUCGCUAAGUGGGUUUAGCAUCUCUGCGGAGAGGGAGGAAGGGGAUGAUUUGUCAAUGGGGGCCGGGAACGCUAGCUGGACGAAACCCAGACCAAGCUACCUGGCAGAGGGAGAAACAGACACGGAUACAGAUCCAUUUACACCCAGUGGGGGGCCACUCCCACUAUCCUCCACUGGGGAGGGGUUUGGUGACGCUGUUUGGAACACGCCACCCUGAGACGUGUUCGUGCAUCAUGCAGAAACUCAGAGUUAAGACCUUAAAUCCUACCCAUGCCUCUAAAACCCAAAUUAGUUUGGGUCAAAGCCACCUCUGGACCGUACCAUUUGGAGGUAAAAGGCGGGGUUUAAUCCACCCUGAUGCUGCGAGGUUGUGAGCGAGUUCCAAACCUUUAGAGGUCAAACGCUCUCAUCAACCGACCGCCGUCCAGACGGAGAGCCAUGGCAUCGAGACUGCCCAGGAAAAAAAGGGAAAUAACAGACAGUUUGUAAAGUAAAACUCUGUACAGCACAAUCUUCGCAAAAGUUUAGGUAACAAAAAAAAAGAACUUCAAAAUACAUACUAUAUACACCCAAAAGCUUUAUCGCUGCAAAGCCAACCGCACUGCAUGUAACGCAUGCGAUUUUUAGUGUAGACACUGCAAAGUUCAGGAUAUCAGGAAACGGAAAAAGCGAUUGAAUGGAUACAUAUACUUGCUAUGCCAUUUUGUAACACUUAUUUUUUAUAUGAAUACAUUUUCAUGGUUUUUUGCAUGGUUUGCAUGAUAAUGCACCAUUAUGGGAUGGCGUUGGAGGGGGACAAUGGAACCAAAAGUCUCCUGUGUCUUUGUUUUGUGUGUCCGAUGAGUGUGUUUCUGAGUGUGUGUGUGUGUGAUUGUGAAUGAGAGGGACUUGAUUAACAAAACACUGGUUGGUUGCUGGCGGUCUUGUUUCAACAUUUUUUGCUUUCCUCACAUUGUGCUGUAAAACUUUAAGGAUCAGUUUUGAGUUUCUGAUCCCGUCACUUUGUUUUCACACCACUGUGCUCUUGAGUUGUAUGUCACCACUUAAUGCAUACAAACUUUCCAGUUGAAAAAAAAGUAAAAUAUUCAACAUAAUUUGAAACACUAAAUCUCUGCUGCUUUGUUGGCACAUGAAUUCAGGGACAUAAACCACCUGUACGUCUUCAAUUUACAGAAAGUUGCUGAGUGUCUUCAAAAAGAUAUACCUGUUGAUCCAACCAUUAAAGAAAAAAGUAGCUUGAUUCCCUCGUCUAAUCUUGACCAAAUAGACUCUGGCUUCGUACAAAGGACCAGAGUUUGACACUCUUAUAAAACACCUACAUGUUAUUCUUUAAAACCCUAUUUGCACUGGAUCAUUGCAUCUGGAGAUUUUCAAUGAUCAUAGAGGCAAUCUUUGUUAAAGUCUAAUGGCCCAUAAUAUGUCUGAAAUUGGUCAAAUACAUAUGUGGAGAUUAACUUGUUUUGAGUACAAAUGUUGGACGCUAAUUUGCAGUAUACUCUAUUUAGCUAAAUAAAUACGUAAAUCAUUCUAGGUAAAGUUCUUAUUAUGUUAGGUACGAAUAUUUAUCUACAAAUCGCUCUAAUCUGGUUGCAAUAAAUGUUUUCAUGAGCCAGUGUAAAACUUGC